GUCACAGAAAAACAACAACCCACCACGAAUAAGACUGCCAAGGCGGCAAACCCAUUUGAUGACACAGAGCAUUGCUUCCUUCCCUCCUACUCAUGACUGUUACUGCAAAUGUGCAACAUCUGCUCUGCUGGCGGAGGGGUCCCCUGUGAGUGCGUUUCUCCAGACAGUGACAUCACGGCGUUAUCUAGCCAGCACGCAGGCAGGCAGGCUCGCUCCAGCCUCUGCCUCCUCUGGAGAGCCCUCCCCCGCCACACCGCUACGGACUGCUACGACCGAAGAUAAAAGCGUCUUGCUUUUUACCUCCGUAGUGAGUAUCAAACAUGGAUGGUUUCCAAACAAUCCUGAAAUUCUUUAUGAACCAGAAAACGGCUAUAGGUUACAGUUUUAUGGCGCUGCUGACAAUGGGAGGUGAACGUGUGUUUUCUCUUGUUGCUUUCAGAUGCCCCUGCAGCAAUGAAAACUUCAGGUACGGUUUGGUAUUUCUCUUUUCCCCAGCUUUUGUUUUGCUAGUUAUUGGAUAUUUCUUGAACAGGAAGACCUGGAAACUCUUUACAGGCUGCUGGGUGAAUCCCAGAAAAAUAUUCCCCAGAGGGAAUACCUGCCAUUUCUUUUACGUCUUUGGACAAAUCACUUUAAACGCUCUGGUGGCCCCAGUGAUGUGGCUCUCUGUGGCUUUGCUCAACGGGACUUUUUACGAAUGUGCCAUGAGUGGCUUGAAAAAUCCUUCCUACCUACAGGCAGUUUGCCACAGCAAAUCUGCGAAGUGCUUCGAAGAACUACACAAGGUGGCCUGUGACAAGAGCUCCAUGCCCUUUGCAGAGAGUGAUGAACUGAAACGAACUCUACAAGCACAGUCCCAGAUUCUAGGCUGGUGUGUGAUAGUUACCACAGCUCUUCUCUCCCUGCUGACCACUUGCUGUGCCAGCUGCCAGUCGAAAGUCAGCCACCUCCAGCUGAUGUUCUGGAGGGUGUACAUGGAGAAGGAGAAGGAGCAACUGGAGCAGAUUUUCCAGCUAUACGCCACCAAGCUGAGCGAGCGAAACCUGAAGUGCUUUUUUGAGAACAAGGAACCGGAAGCGAUUCCCCUGCCAACUUUUCAGGCAUGGGAAGAUGCUUCCCAGCUCUACUCUUUCAGCAGUAGCAAACAGCAUUAUAGCACAAUUCACAGGCUAGUUGAAGAAGGCCAGAAAAAAAUCAAUGAGGAAAGAGAGACAAUGCUGGACUUUGUAGACAAAAGGGAAAUACCGUAGACAAAAGGGAAAUACCAUAGACAAAUAUAUUUUCAGCUUUUUUAUAUCUUGCUUAUAUAGCAUACUUCUAGCUGGUUUCAUCUCUAUGUUUUUUCACAAUGGCCUCUUUCUUCUUCAUCAUGUUCCCUCCCAGUUACAAACUUGCUCCAAAAGGAUGGAAUUAAAUUAUUUCCCUACAUCAGUGAAAAGGCUGCAGUCCUCCAUGGCACCCAGGGUUCACGCUCUGCUAAUGUCACUGGCUCCGGAUCAAGCGCUGACAGCAAAAUGUGACUAAUGACUUCUACAAGAGGAUUUUAGCAAUAUCCUAUGUAAAAGGUGCUAUAGUAUGCUCAUCCUAUGUAAAUCAAGAGACUAUUAUGAAGUAACACCAUUUGAAAGGUGUGAUUAUAAUACUAGAAAAUGUGUGUGACUUUCUGACAGCCCACAGAAAGUAAAGGUUUUGCUUCCAGGUCAUUUCCAGUCUGUAGGUACAGCAUUUUCAGGCACCAGUGGUCACUCAAGGCAUCUCCUGUUGCACCUAGAACGCCACGGAUGGUCACAGUGAUCACCCCUGGUCUUCUAGUCCCUGAGACAUUUGCCUGUGACAUGGGGCAGCAAACUCCAUUGAUAGUGAGAUGCCAGGCAAUUCUUUACACAAAUCUUACAGCUGACAUGUAGGGUACCAAGAACUUGAAAUUACCAAAUGGUUCAGCAGUUUUGUGUUUUUGUUAAAAAAAUAACCUCCUGUUUUGAAACAUAAUCAGUUGUCGUUAGUGCUUUGCUACAAUAAUGAAAAUGCAUCACUGAUAUUUUGCCUCCGUAGAGUAAUCGGUAUUACCUUCACCCCUGAGAAUUUCCAUGUGCAUGGGUAUAAAGCUCCUGUUUUGAGUGGGUUUUGGGCACUGGGUGCAGUCUGCAGAGCUGCGUAAUAUUGUUUGUACUGUGCCUGCAGCCAGUGUACGACAGAAGGCCUGGAUGGAAAUCCCACACUUUAAGACUAGAAAAUAUUUUUGCAGCAGGCUAAUUUUCAUUUUUCUGAAUAUCUUAGGAAACUUAAUAUCUGGAGCAAGAGGAACUGGCAGGUGAGGCAACUGCACAAUCAGUGCUUCUGAGAAAUGCAUUUCACCCCAGAGCCCUACGCUUUACCUCACCCACUUGGAAUUCACCACGUGGCUCUCACACAGGGUGUCCAGAGUCUUUGCAAGUACUGCAUAAAAGGAGAACAAAGUUUCUGCCAAGUUUCUUUCCCUGGGGUGACUGGGCAGACUUUUAUGCCGCAUUUUACUGCCAGUCUCCAUAAAUCUGCAAAUAAUCAUAAUUUUGCUCUGCUCGAAUCAGGCUCUUACCAACAAACCAGGGUACUCUACCCAACUUUCCCAUACUCACUGUGCUUCUGCAGCCGAAAAAAACCAACUAUCUGUGUUUACAGACCAUUACUCUUUUAAAAAUAAAAUCCAAAAGCUAAUUCCACUGUCUGCUUGGAAUUUUCUCUGUGUGUUUUGAAGGACUUGUGGUCUUUGAGCAAAUGUUUUAAAGUCUUAUCCCAGCUGACCCAUUUUGCAGCAGACUUAGAACAUGUUAUAAGCCUAAAUGCACCUGCUGCAGCUGAAAGCACAGAGGCAACACUGCUAAAAUGAAAGUCACAACAGCAGACAUGUCUGACACCACGUCUGGCAUAUAUGCAUUUUCCUCCCCGGGCUCCUCUCCUGGCAUAGCAACUAUCUAAUUCCAGGGUACAUGUCCCUUCCCAUUUCUCUGCUUUUCUCUUUAUGAGAGAUGCCCCAACACCUACUGCCCAGCCGCAUCUCGCCUCCUCCCUACACGCAAAGGGAGAGGAGACACCACCUAACAGGACGUCCCCGCUGCCUCGGCCAGACUUCCCUUCCCAAAGUCAUCUUUCCACCUCCUUUUUCACCGGUAUCACAGAAAACCA